ACUGCUCUGGGCCGGGCCCCGCCGCUGUCUCACCGUGUCCCGCUCUUGCAGCACGCGGGGACGGUACGGGGAAGGCGCGAAGCAGGAGAAGUUCAAGUACGCCCUGACCCUGGUGUUCAUCCAGUGCGUCAUCAACGCCGCCUUCGCCAAGCUCCUGAUCCAUUUUUUCGACUCCGUCAAAGUGGAUCGCACUCGGAGCUGGCUGUACUCCGCUUGCUCGCUCUCCUAUCUGGGCGCUAUGGUUUCCAGCAACUCGGCUCUGCAGUUCGUCAGCUACCCGACGCAGGUCCUAGGCAAAUCUUGCAAGCCCAUUCCAGUCAUGCUUUUAGGAGUGACUUUGCUGCGGAAGAAGUAUCCACCGGCCAAGUAUCUCUGCGUCCUCUUGAUAGUCGCAGGUGUGGCCCUGUUUCUGUACAAACCUAAAAAGGGAGCUGGGAGCGAUGACCAUGUCUUUGGCUAUGGAGAACUCCUUCUGCUGCUGUCACUGACCUUGGAUGGGCUGACGGGUGUAUCUCAGGACCACAUGAGAGCUCACUACCAAACGGGUUCCAAUCACAUGAUGCUGAACGUUAAUCUAUGGUCCACCUUGUUCCUGGGGGCUGGGAUACUGUUCACUGGGGAGCUCUGGGAGUUCUUGAGUUUUACGGAACGCUACCCCAGCAUCAUUUACAAUAUCCUACUGUUUGGCCUGACGAGUGCGCUGGGUCAGAGUUUUAUUUUCAUGACUGUGGUAUACUUCGGACCUCUGACUUGUUCCAUCAUCACCACAACCCGCAAGUUCUUCACCAUUUUAGCGUCCGUCAUUCUAUUUGCCAAUCCCAUCAGUACAAUGCAGUGGGUGGGGACAGUCCUGGUGUUCUUGGGCCUUGGACUCGAUGCCAAAUUUGGGAAGGGAGUAAAGAAGACAUCGCAUUGAGGAAAUGGCUGAUCUUUGCAGUUGGAAUGAACUUUUAAUUUAUUGUCUUGUACCUCAAAAUCUGUUAUGAAACUGGACUCAGGAUAGGUAAUCAGAAGGGGAGUGUUUGGAUUUUUUUUUGUUUUAGUUUUUUAAUUCUAGAUUGUCUUAAUAGCAUAAUACUUCAGUUUUAACUGUAAUUAAGUUUUGUUGUUUUUCUGUAAUCAAAGCUGCAUUACUAGAUCCUAGUAGCAGAAUGAAAUUCUUGCCUUAACAG